AUGGCUUCUUUCAUGUAUUACCCAAAUUAUCCAGCUAUGUCUGUUCAAUCGAACAGCAUGGCUACCCCUUACCACCAUCGUUCAGGUUCUAUGAACCCUAGUAUGGUAUCAUCUAUCAACGGUUACGGUUGUCCUGCAGUUAAUCCUACAACAAUCACCCCUCACCAAAUCGAUGGUAUGUUUCAACCAGGACAUGGUCAAUCCAACUCUUUUUACUUUCCUCCACCUGGUCUAUCCUAUAUGCAACCACCAGCUGCUCCUGUUGUUGGACAUGUUCCUGGCUUGGUUCAGAAUCAUGGUCACCCUGUUAUGCCAGGUCAUUCUAUGAUGAUGAAUCAGCCUCAGGUUAUGGUUCCACCUGCAAAUAAUCAAGUUAUCCCAGAGAAAGAACAAAAUGUCAAUGGCGGUGUUUGCGAAGUAUUGGACUAUGAAUUAAACACGAUGUCUGAUUUCGUUACUAAGAACUCAUGUUUGUCAUUCGGCAGUUUUGAUGUUCCCGCAGAUGUUAUGGAACUGUUCUCGAGCAGUGUGUCCUCUGUGUUGGGAUCCACUAGAUUACCAUCUGUUACCAUCUUUUUGGCUUUGGACUAUUUGAUCAAGUACCUAGAUCUCAUCGAUUGUGACUUUCAGUCUAUUGGUGGUAAAUCUGUCGACAUCAUCUAUCAAAAUUUGGUGGUUGCACUUGUGCUAGCCAACAAGUUCAACGAUGAUAAAACUUUCACCAAUAAAUCAUGGUCUCAAGCUACUGGUAUGGACUUGUUGACAAUUAACCAGUACGAAAAGUCUUGGCUUAAGGCGUUUGAAUGGAGGUUGUUUGAAGAUAAGUUCGAUACUUAUGAAUCUUUCCAAGAAUCAUACAAUGCUUUCGUCAGAGAGCAGAGACUAUCUGCCUAUCAACAACAGCAACAGCAGCAGCAACAUCAACUGAGCCCAUCUUCUGUUCCAACUCACCAACGUCAGUAUUCAUCUGCCUCGUCGAUGGCCUAUGGUUAUCAAACACCAAACUGUGGACAUUCCUCGAUGGCUUAUUCAUCACCGGUUUAUUCUGACUUGAGAAGUUACUCCUAUAAUAACGGUUACCAAAAACAAUUCAACUGCUCUCCACCUUCCCAAUACAGCCCUAGACCAAAGAACUAUGACAAUGUGAACUAUUAUGAGCAACCUCAACAACCUUUUUGGAACGAUCAUCAUCAACAACAACAGGUUAAUCAAAACUACUACUGUUUCUCAGCUUACUGA